AUAUUUUAAUAAAAGUAGUAACGAUGAGAUUUUCUUUAUUGAAAAAGAAACUUACAGAAAAACGUUUUAAACUUGAGAGAAAUUGUUUUAAACAUGGUUAGUAACAAUGAGAUUUUCUAUAUUAAAAAUGAAACUUACAGGAAAACGUUUUUUCACUUUUGUUUCACAAGAGAAACAACUUUACAGUUCUUACUUUCUUUGUUGGGCUAAUCAUAGAACGGGAGAAAGGGAACAGCUCUUCUCUUAUAUAAAUCUACACAUAUGCUCAUGCAUUGCUGUGUGGUUCACACUAUAAGGCUUUUCAUUAUAGUAAGUUAUCUUUCGUUUCAAAGAUAUAUGUCAUACUCUAUGGAGGACCUAAGGGAACCCCUCAAUGGUAAUGGAGAAUAUGUGUAUGAGAAUUUCCAUGACAUUGUGAUUGUAGGAGGAGGAGUUGCAGGCCUUGCCACAGCCCUUGCCCUCCAUAGGUUGGGUGUAAAGAGCCUAGUACUUGAGAAGGCCAGUAGCCUUAGAACUAGUGGGGCUGCCUUCAUUAUGUGGGCUAAUGCAUGGAAAGCUCUUGAUGCUCUUGGUGUUGCAGACUCACUUCGUCCAAAUUAUUGCCAACUUGAUGGAAUUUCUGGCUGGUCAAAUUGUACUGGGAUGAAAAAGGCAGUCCAACUCAUAAAGAAGGCUAAAGGGAAAUUAACUAUGAUGAUGGAAUCCAGAUGUAUAGAACGAAUCAAACUUAUAGAAACACUUGCUAAAGAAUUGCCAGAGGGAACUAUCAGAUUCAAUUCUGAAGUUGUUUUGAUAAAUAAGGAUAUCUCAUCUUCUCUGACCUUGUUGAAGCUUGCAGAUGGAACAUCUAUUACAACAAAGAUAUUAAUAGGCUGUGAUGGAGUUUACUCAGUAGUUGGGAGGUGGAUGGGUAUACCACCAGCAAAGUCUUCAAGACGCACUGCUAUUCGAGGCAUGACAACAUAUGAGGAGAGCCACCAACUAGAAAAGUUUCAUUCACAGGUUUGGGAUAGAGGAUUAAGAGCUGGAUUCAUUCCUUGCACAGAAAAACAAGUUUAUUGGUUUCUAACCAGAAGAUCACAACCUCAAGAUGUAAAUAUCUCUGGUGAUGCUGAAAAGAUUCGACAAUCAACUUUAGACACUAUCCGUGAUUUCCCAAAACCAUUUGCAGAGUUGAUUGAAGCAACUCCGGCAGAAACCAUUAGUUUGGUAGAUAUGAAGGUGAGGUUAGCAUAUCCAUGGGAGAAGCUCCUACCUGGUAAAGGAAAUGGAAGUGUGACACUUGUAGGAGAUGCAUUGCAUCCAAUGACCCCUGAUCUUGGUCAAGGCUCAGGUUGUACUUUGGAGGAUGCAGUAGUUCUGGGAAGAUGUCUCGGAGAAACUAUGAAAAACAUAAACAUUGUACAAUGGGGUGAGGAUAAAGAGAAAAAGAUAGAAUGGUGUUUCAACAAAUACUUGCAAGAGAGGAGAUGGAGAGUGUUUACCCUUAUCAGUGCAGCAUUUAUUAUAGGAAUUGUGAACGAAGGAUCCUCUAAACUCAUUCGUUUUGGUCGUGAUAGAAUUUUAUUUCCAUUGUUUUCCAUGUCAUACUUCAAGUAUUUUGCAGACUUUGACUGUGGAAGUCUGAAAUUCGAUUCAUCCAAAGAGUGAAAACAAACAUUUGCUCUUCAAUAAGAAAUAUGUAAGGAAUAGUCAGACAGUAAACGGGUUAAGGAAACCAAUUCAAAUAUUAUUAGAAUCCUUACCAAAGAUUUGUAAAUCUCGUUAUGAAAUAAUCUAAUCAUUCCCUUUCUUGAUUUUAA